AUGGAAACUAGCAUCUUUUCACAAGUGGAUAUUGAUGCUGAUGAAAUAAGUCAUUUGGACGAAGAUAAUUUAAUCGGCCAUGGUGCUCAUGGAAAGGUUUAUCGAAUCACGCUGAAGAAAAACAGGAUGGUUUGUGAAGCAAUUAGAGAAAGGAAUGCUAAGUACGAGGAAGCAUUAGAGAGAUUUGAGUCAGUUUUGGGAACAAAGCAGGAGCCCGAUGAAGCAGCAGUGGCAAGUUAUAAUGUUGGUUGUUGUUACUCUAAGCUAAACCAGGAGUUAAGUAAUAUUUUGAUGAUUGUGGCUGAGUUUCUAGGGGGACUCAAUGAACGUGUUGAGAAGGGAACAAUAUGCAUACAAGGAGUUGCACUAGACUUUAAGAAAAGAUUAAUAAAGCCUGAAGCAGAGAAAUAUAACGAUGUUAUAUUUGAUACAAAAUCCUUUGAAACAAAAGUUAAUUUUAGAUUGCUUCAGAUCAAUAAUCUGAGUUUGAAAGACAAGUUUCUUCUGGAUGAAUUGAAAUGGAUACAAUGGCAAGGUUGUCCUUUGAAAUUCAUUCCUUUGGACACAUUGCCACAUGAACUGGCUGUCCUUGAUCUCUCAAAUGCCGAGAAAAUUUAA